AUGCUGCCCAAAAAAAUACACAUACUCGAUCUACACUUCCACUGCAAAUUAUCCUCGGCACCUCGCUGCUUCCCACCUUCAACUGUCUCCUCCCCCCCAGCUGUACGGCAGUGGCUGCUGGAGGCUGGUGGCUGGAGAGUCCCUGUCACGACAUUGGUUUACCUGAUCUUCUGCAUGGGUUUGGUGGCGAGCUUUCUUUACCUGCGAAGAGCCCUGACCCGGAGGAGGAAAAGACAGCGAAUGACUGAUCCCACCAGAAGGUUCUUCAAAGUGACGCCUCCCCCGGGCAACGGGGCCCACAGCCAGUACGGGAACGUGCUCUCGCUUUCCACGCCCACGGCUGGCACGGGUCGCUCCCACCGGUGGGCUGCAGGCCUGGCCGCCGCCGUCCAGUCCUACGGAGGGAACCCGUACAACGAGGUGCAGGAGGCCGGAGCUGCAGGGGCCCGGAGCCCGACGGGGGCAGCUGGCGCAGGCGAAGAAGAAGGGGAGGCCUACGAGGAGCCGGACAGUGAGGAGGGCUCCCAGUUCUACGAGAAUGACUCCAACCUGGGGCAGGACCAGCUCUCCCAGGAUGGCAGCGGCUAUGAGAACCCGGAGGAAGAUGCCGUGGGUCCUGAGGAAGAAGACUCCUUCUCCAAUGCAUCUGAGUUGUAUGAGAACGAGGAUGAAGAGCUGGCCCAGCCAGUGGCCAGGACAAAAGACUUCCUGAGCCCCCCUGGGACUGCCUGGGACCCCAGCCGGGAGGCGACAUCCCUUGGGUCCCAGUCCUAUGAGGAUAUGAGGGGGAUCCUGUAUGCAGCCCCCCAGCUCCGCUCCGUUCGGGCCCAGCCGGGUCCCAAUCAUGAGGAAGAUGCAGAUUCUUACGAGAACAUGGAUAAUCCUGAUGGGCCAGAACCAGCGUGUGGAGGAGGGAGCCACAAGGGGACCUGGAGCACCCGCUGAUUCCCUUCAGGUUCCUGAGAUCCACACCUGACUGAGAUCUGGGGACCCACAGCAGAUGAUGUCAACCUCGAGCGACGCUGCUCAGGCUGUGUGUACCUGUGUGUGUCUGUGUACACAAGUGGAAUGUCAGUCCCGUUCGCACUGCCCAAAUAAACUCCACGAGCUGUUCCAGUC